GCAUCUACUUUAUCGCAAAAGCGCAGUUAUCUAGCGCGGCAAAUGACCCUAAAAUAUUAGCAGCUAUCAUCAUGAGCUUGACAUGAACGAGACCAUUUCUCUCCACUAAAUAGAAAGAAAUGAGUUGUUUAAAGUUUGUUUACUUAUGAGUAUGGACUUCGUGUUGUCAACCAUAUUAGCAAAAUUAAAUAAGCUGUUUUCCUACAAUUUUCCAUCAACUUAAUAAACAUUUAUUGUGCAAUAAUGGCGUCUUAUUUCACCUUUCACAUUUUCACCAGUUCCCUCUCCAGGGUAAUGUCCAGGCUGGCCGUGGUGUGUGGGGGCUCCAGGGGCAUUGGGAAGGCCGUGUCCCGUCUGCUGGCAGAGAGGGGCUGCAGGUUAGCUGUUGUCUCCAGGAACAAAGAUGCUGCUCAGGCCACUGUGGCAUCUCUACAUGGAGCUGAUCAUGUGGCUUUCAGCUGUGAUGUCUCCAAAGAGCAAGAGGUGCAGAAAACCUUUGACACUAUCCACAAAACCUGUGGAAACAUCUCAUAUCUGGUGAAUGCAGCUGGCAUCAACAGGGAUGCCCUGUUACUAAGGACCAAGCCGGAGGACAUGGUGGCUCUGCUUCACACUAACCUGCUGGGCACCAUGCUGACCUGCAGGGCGGCACUGCGCAGCAUGCUGCACACCCAGGGAGCCGCCAUCGUUAAUACAGGCUCUGUUGUGGGCCUGAAAGGGAACGCUGGUCAGUGUGUGUACAGCGCCAGUAAAGCUGGUCUGGAGGGUUUCACACGAUCUUUAGCUCAAGAGGUUGCAUCACGUAACAUCAGGGUUAAUCUGCUGGCUCCAGGCUUUAUCCGCACCGACAUGACCGCAGGGCUGAGGGAGGAGGAUGGGGCGCGCUCCAUCCCACUGGGAAGGUUUGGAGAGCCAGAGGACGUAGCCCAGGCCGUUCUUUUCCUUUUGGAGUCUUCCUAUGUAACAGGACAGGUGCUGGUGGUGGAUGGAGGGCUCCAGCUGGCCAUGUAGGGAGUGGGGCCUUCCUGUGGAGUCACCUCGACAUUCACAACAAUGGCAGUGAGGCAAGUGAGAGCCUCACUCUUUUUGAAUUUUGAAUGACUUGUUUUAGGGAUAAAAAUCAGAGGCCUUUGAGGAAAUGUUCAGGUAUAAGAUGAAGAUUCUGUGGGCCAUCUGACUGACAAAAAAGAACUUUUGCACUUCAUAAGACUUCAUGUCUGAAGAAUGCUGCUCUGUGGUGACGUUAAAUUCAAAACUCUUGCUGCAGCACACAGCCACGCUGCCUUAAGAUGCACGAAAUCGAUGUGAAAAGGCAGUUACCUCCAUCUACCAGAGGAUCACUGUCCUGCCUCUCCCUGCCCUUCUGCUGAGUCACUCUGUCCACCCUCAGUGGGCGGGGCCUGAUGUGUGUGUGACAGUCAUCAUGACUAACACUGCUGACUCCAGAGUGUCUGGCCCAGUCCAGACCUCGGUGCCCUGAGGUCCUAAAUUUGAUCAGUAGAUUUAACGCUCUCGGACUUUUUCCAUGACUGUAACACGCCAUGCCACUGAUCGUAGCGCUCAUGUUUUGUCUCCCCCCCACGUCCCCUGGGAGGCUCCCUCACAGCUGGCACAUGUUACCCCGACCUCCCACCCCCCCCUCAUCCACCAAAGCCCACCUCUGGAGGGGCCUGAUGAGGGGGGCCAGGCAUGUUGGGCUGCAGCUGGAGGAAAUUAGAGGUAGUGGUGGAGGUGGUGAGGUAUUUUUAGCUCUGGGAAUGUUUUGAGUAUCUGGUUACAGCUCUGGUCCUGUAGUGUGGAUGGACGGGGUUGGAGGUGGCUGUUGUGCACAGUGAUGAGAUUUGAAAUGCCGUGUUGCUUGUUCCUUUGAUUGAAACCUGCUGUUACCAUCCAUAAGUGUCAAACAGGCAUUUUAAAUGAGCAACUUCGACUAUGCUCUCUCUCGUUAUUUGCACUUGUUUCUUAAACAUCAUAUUUUCUAUUAAAGGACUGGAUUACAGUUUACUCUGAUUAGCAUUUUUUACAACAAUAUUUUUUCCACUGUGACUGAUAAUGUGUGUUUUGGCAUUCUCUUAUGGCUGUCUAUAAAAACAUCUCACACUGUCUGAAGAGAUUUUUAUUAACUUUCAUAACCUAAAAUAAUAUCAGGAGAACAAUCCAUAUACAGGCAUUGAUUGGCAUAGAAAUGUGCAAACACAGUAACUGUCAGCUGAUGCAAGCUCUGAACAGACACAGAAAAAGAUGUCCACUUUGUAUAGUAUUACAGAGGUGACAAAAAUAGUAGAUAUAAAUAUACCUUGCUUUUCACUUUUUGCCAGCUUAAGAGUGUCUGCUACCCCUGAUUACUGGAAAAAAAGCUGUGUUUUUGUACAUCCUGGUAAAGUUGUUUGGCACCGUACAAGUGUCCAAAACUAACAUGCAAAGAAAAUUGUGUUUACAUUAAGCCUAAAAAGUGAUUUAAGGCAGUAAAUAUAUUUAUAAAACUUCAUGAUACAGAAAGGAUUGUUUUAUCAGUGAACAAAAGGUUGCUGAUAUAAUUUAUGUCAAGAUUGUUGGGAAAGUAAAGAUUAUGUUUUUUUUUUCCAUACAAAAAUAAAAUGGACAAUCUGUGA